AUGGCCGACGAUCAGACUUCGGCCGUCAUCAAGGAUGAGGAGUUCGAGCAGAAGAAGCAGGCCACCUCCUCGGUCAAGUCGUUCCUCUCCGGUGGCUUCGGUGGUGUCUGCUCCGUCCUCGUCGGACACCCUUUCGAUCUGACCAAGACGCGUCUGCAAACCGCUGCUGACGGCACAUACACCGGUGGUCUGGAUGUUGUCAGAAAAACGAUCAAGGCAGAUGGUAUCAAGGGAUUGUACCGUGGAAUGGGCCCACCUUUGAUCGGUGUGACACCCAUCUUUGCACUCUCGUUCUGGUCGUACGAUAUGGGCAAGAAGCUUGUCUACGCCAUGACCCCGAGCCGAACCGACCCGAAGCUGUCGAUCCCCGAGCUCGCCUUUGCUGGUUUCUUCAGUGCCAUCCCUACCACCCUGGUCGCCGGUCCAGCAGAACGUGUCAAAGUGCUUCUGCAGCUGCAGGGACAGAGCAGCAGCACCGGUCCGACCUACAACGGACCGGUGGACGUGGUGCGCCAGCUGUACAAGGAAGGUGGACUCAAGUCGGUCUUCCGAGGAACGGGUGCGACGCUGGCUCGUGACGGUCCCGGAUCCGCUGCCUACUUCUGCGCAUACGAGGCAUCCAAGCGUCUGUUGACCCCGGCGGGACAGGACCCGCAGCAGCUCAACUUCCUCAACGUGCUCACUGCCGGUGGUCUGGCGGGCAUGGCUAUGUGGGGUCUCGCCAUCCCGCCUGAUGUCAUCAAGUCGCGCUACCAGGGCGCGCCUCACGGCACUUACACCGGAUUCUUGGAUUGUGCACGAAAGACGGUGGCCAAGGACGGCGUCAAGGCGCUCUUCAAGGGCUUUGGUCCUGCUAUGGCUCGUGCGUUCCCCGCCAACGCUGCUACGUUCCUCGGUGUAGAGGUCUCGCUGCAGGCUAUGAACAAGGUGUUCUGA